AUGGAUCAUAUGUGGAUGCCAAAUGCAAGUAAGAUGAUGAUGAUCGACGUUGGUUUACCUACCGAUAACCCGUGGACAAUCUAUAAUACUGAAGCUGCACCGAAUGUCGCCUCUUGUGAGGCAGAUUCCACACAGUUAAAUGCCAAUUCGGGAACACAGCCGAAUCAUGAUAACGUCAAAGUGGAAACCAAAGAUGGCGAAAAUGUAAGCUGUACUUUUCAGAACAUUUAUUUUUGGGCUGUCGGAGGCUCAAACCUAGGCACAGUAAAUGGGAUACGGGAUUAG